AUGCAAAUCCAUUUCCAAUUGCAAAAGCCCGAGCCGCUGAUUGCGUUGGCUGCUGUGCUUCUAGCCCCGGUCGUGCUGCUGGUGGUCCUUGUCGCUCUGCUUAUAUUCGUCAGAGCCCUUCGCAUUGCCUAUCGCAGUAUUUGCGUUUAUCGGCGUGGUGGGAUUCGAGCUCCUCAGAUCCCGAAUAAUAUUGUUGAAACCUGCCGCUUUAUACUGUCGAUUCUCAAAGCACAGACUGCAAACCAGCUGGGCGCGUUCUUUAAUGGCCUCUUCGCCAAGUACGGCACAUCGGCAUCGCCGAAUUGCGUCGAGGUCGACCUGACGGGAGGUUUCCGCGCCAUCAUCACCCGCGAGCCUGAACAUAUCAAGACCGUCUUGACUGGGAAGUUCGCGGACUAUGGCAAGGGCAAACAUUUUCAUGACCUGUGGUCUCCGUUCUUGGGAGAUAGUAUCUUCACGACAGAUGGGAAGAAGUGGUCGAGUAGUCGGCAGCUCAUCCGGCCCAUGUUCAUCAAGGAUCGGAUUAGCGAUCUCCAUAUUUUUGAACGAAAGGUUCAGACUAUGAUGAGUCUGUUCCCGGAUUCUGGGGUGGAGUUUGAUCUGAUGGAUCUGUUUUAUCGGAUGACUAUCGAUGUCACAACGGAGUUCCUUCUGGGUCAGGGGAUCAAUAGUUUGGAGAAUCCGCAGAGUGACUUUGUUCAGGCGUUUGCGGAGGUGCAGCGUAUUCAAAUGCUAAUUACUGUGAUCGGUCCCGGAGAACACUUUUACCCUCGCGGCGCAUACAAACGGGGUAUCAAGAACAUCGACAACUUCGUCCUUCCCUUUGUGCACCGCGCCCUGUCCCUACCAGUAGAGGAGCUGGAGAAGCUCAGCAAGUCCGAGAAAUCCUUCACCUUCCUGCACGCGCUGGCUCGUUUCACGCGGGACCCCAAAGUGAUCCGCGACCAGGUACUUUCCGUACUUCUGGCAGGCCGCGACACGACAGCCGCAACGCUCUCAUGGGCCUUCUACGAACUCUCGCACUACCCCGAAAUCUACGCGAAACUGCGAGCCGAGGUGCUCGAAGCCGUCGGGCCCACAGCAGCACCUACAUACGAGAAGCUCAAGAACAUGCCCUACCUUCGACACACGAUCGACGAAACCCUCCGUCUGUACCCUGCUGUGCCGUACAACGUGCGCUUCGCUUUAUCGGACACUACUCUACCAGGCGGCGGACCACCGAACGGCGAUACGCCGAUCACCGUUCUCCGCGGCGACGCGGUGAUCUACUCGACGUACGCGAUGCAGCGACGCGCGGACCUGUACCCGGCCGUCUCGGAGAAGUUUGCAGAUCCCGCCGUCUUCUCGCCGGAGAGGUGGGAGCACUGGACUCCGAAAGUGUGGCAGUAUGUCCCGUUCAACGGGGGACCGCGCAUCUGCAUCGGGCAGAACUUUGCGCUGGCGGAGAUUGGAUAUACGCUCAUCCGCAUCUGUCAGAGGUACGAACGGAUCGAGUAUGCUGGGAAGUGGGAGGAGCAGUUUCAUAAGGCGGAAAUAGUGGGAUCACCGGGACAGGGGGUUCGAGUGAGGUUUUAUAAGGCUUGA